UUGUUCUCCGCACACGGUCUCUGUGGCACGGCCGCAGACACAGACGGGCUGUUCGUGAGUGUGAUUUGCCGACGGCGAUGCUAACUCUAACACUAACUGUAAUACCAACGGCAGCAGUAGCGGUAAUGACAGCGGUAAUGGCGCCUAUCCCUGCCCCCAUAGUAAAUGUGUUCGAGUGCUUAUCUGGGAAAUCGCGUGACUUUUCGCCGGCGUACUUUAGCACACAUACUACAUCCAUCAGGAGCGGAGUUCCAGCUAACAAGAAGGACAAUUUCCAUGUGCUUUCGCCAAUGCAGACGGAUCGUGCUUGCAACUGGCUCCCCAAGUUCGAGGGCAGGUAGCCGAGUCAACAAGCAAACACCGGUACUCCGCUGGGAGCACACAUCCGCAUCCUAUCCACAGCUGCGGCCAGAGGCAGUACGGAACACAACACGGACAGGACUGGCCACAGCCGAAUCAAUUGGAUUUCAAAGGGAGAGGUGGAUCCGCAGAUUGGCGAGCACCAUUGAUGUAGCAGCCAUGGGCGCCAAUACAUCGAGCAGAGCCGACGCGAGUCUGCUCGCCGACGAUGACGUAAAUUUUGACCAUUUCCAAAUACUUCGUGCUAUCGGCAAGGGAAGCUUUGGCAAGGUGUGCAUUGUGCAGAAGCGAGACAGCGGCAUUCUGUAUGCCAUGAAAUAUGUGAGUCGCUCCGCCUGCGAGAUGCGUGGAGCGCUGGGCGGUGUCAUCAAGGAGGUUGAGCUGCUGUCCUCAUUGGAGCAUCCGUUUCUAGUCAAUUUAUGGUUCUCAUUUCAGGACGAGGAGGACUUAUUCAUGGUAUGCGACCUGUUGACUGGUGGUGAUUUGAGAUAUCACUUACAGAACCGAGUUGAAUUUUCCGAGCAGAGUGUGGCCUUAUUAGUGUGCGAGCUUGGCAGUGCGCUGGAGUACCUGCAGACACAGCGGGUGGUCCACAGGGACAUCAAGCCAGACAAUAUUCUAUUGGAUGAUGGCGGACACGCUCAUUUGACUGAUUUUAAUAUUGCGACGAGGCUGCAGAAGGAUGCGAUGGCCUGCAGCAUGUCGGGGACGAAGCCGUAUAUGGCGCCAGAGGUUUUUCUAUGCGCCCUGGACGAAGUGGCUGGCUAUAGCUACCCAGUGGACUGGUGGUCCCUGGGCGUUGUGGCCUACGAAAUGCGUAGCAACGUCCGCCCCUUUGUGGUGCACUCGAACACGCCCUUGGCGGAGAUCAAGAACAUCCUGAACACCCCUGUGCACUAUCCCCGCUAUUGGAGCAGCAACUUCAUCGAUCUGCUGCAAAAGUUACUCUCCACGUAUCCCGGGGGCAGGAUCAGCACUCAGCAUGAGCUGCACCAGACGCCGUUGCUGCGGAACAUUGACUUUCAGCAGGUGCUCGACAAGAAAAUAAAGCCCAUCUUCAAGCCACCCGAAGACCACCUGAACUGCGACCCGUGCUUGGAGCUGGAGGAGAUGAUUGUGGAGACGCGGCCGCUGCACAAAAAAAAGAAGCGUCUGGCCAAACAGCGGUCAGCCCAACGCGACAGCGACCCAGAGACCGUGCUCGUCAAAGAGUUCAUCGUCUACAAUCGCUACAAAGAGCUUAAGCGAAAGGCCAUGGAACAGAAGGAGAACGACUGGCAGCGUGAGCUCGAAUUGGCCAUGGCCAACUCGAUAGUCAACAGCUUGGCCCCCAUUCAAGAGAGGCCCGCCUCGUCCACUUCCACGUCUAUUAGCCAUGCAACAAACCCCGCGAUCACCACUCCCACGCCUACGCCAGCAGCCACCAAUUCACCGUCUGGCAACGCAAGGUGCACCGCCUGCAAAGAGAGUGAUAGCAUCGAAUUCAUAGAUCGCACGCCGUCCCCGCAGGGCACGGGCGGAGGAGCCACAACUGCCACCCCGACACGGCUCUGCAGCACGUUGGACAAGGCAACGGGCACGGCACAAAAGUAGUAUCGUACGAUCAGUGCGAAUACCACCCGAACCCUCCGCACGGAACUAAUGGCACAUUCAUGAGUGCAUCAUCGUAUGGCAACGCAACAGGUUUCACUGCGAGCACAAGCACAAGCCCCAAGGCACAUCCAAAGAGAUCCAGAACCUACGAGUAUUUUUCGAAUUCCGCUGAAUUUCACCUUUGUACGAGUACGUGUACGCGUAGUUAUACAUAAAUAUAAAUAAAAUAAAACAUAUAAUUUGUAUUUCUAUUGCCUAAGUCUUAAGUGUAAGUCCCUUUGUACAUAUGCGUGUAUCUAUGAUUAGCUGUUAGCUGAAAUCAAAAUAAAUGUAAA